AACAUGUAAUAGAUUGUGUUUGAGACUUUUAUUUUGAAAGUCGUGUAACAGGCAAUAGAGGUGAUCAGCUGACUCUGAUGUUAGUAAAGCAAGUUGUCAGCCGGUGGAGGAAGCUGAGAUCAACUGGAUCGUUCAGCCUUUUCCGGCCGGUGGAUUCAUGCUGAGGGCGACCGAGAGCAGAAGGUGAACACCGGGAAGGAUCGCUGCCGUCAGCAUGGACAUCCAGACCGAGAGACGGAGGCUGCUGGAUGAGGAGGGUGGAGAUGACGAUCCUACCGGACUGCUGUCCGAGCAGGAGGCUUAUCUCAGCAAAGUGAAGAACAGGAAGUUGUACCUGGCCUCGUUCGCCGCCGUUCUGGGUCCCAUGAGCUUCGGGUUCGUGCUGGGAUACAGCUCCCCCGCCAUCCCUGAGCUCAGCAGGAUUUCCGACCCUCGGCUGCGGCUCAGCGAAGUGGAGGGCUCCUGGUUUGGGUCCAUCGUAACGAUCGGCGCGGCGGUAGGCGGCCUGCUGGGCGGCUGGAUGGUGCAGAGGAUCGGCAGGAAGCUGACGCUGAUGUCCUGCACGCUGCCCUACGUCUUCGGCUUCACCAUCAUCAUCGCCGCUCAGAACGUGUGGAUGCUGUACGUGGGCAGGGUGCUGACCGGCAUGGCCAGCGGCAUCACCUCGCUGGUCGUCCCGUUGUAUAUUUCUGAGACGGCGCAUGAGAAAGUCCGCGGGAUGCUGGGCUCCUGCGUUCAGCUCAUGGUGGUUUCUGGGAUCAUGGGAGUUUACCUGGCAGGUUUGUUCGUGGACUGGCGCUGGCUGGCGAUCUGCUGCUCGCUGCCGCCGUCGCUGCUGAUGGUCGCCAUGUGCUUCAUGCCCGAGACGCCACGCUUCCUGCUGUCGAAGGGGAAGAGGCGGGAAGCUGAGGAGGCCUUACGCUUCCUGCGCGGGCCGGACGCUCCCAUCGAGUGGGAGUGCUCCCGCAUCGAGGACGCCUGCAACGAACAGGGUUCAGCGUUCCACCUGUCCGACCUGAAGGAUCCCGGCGUCUUCAAGCCGCUGCUGAUCAGCAUCGUGCUGAUGGUGUUUCAGCAGAUGACCGGGAUCAACGCCAUCAUGUUCUACGCUGAGGACAUAUUCGUACAGGCGCACUUCAAGGAGAGCGAACUGGCUUCGGUGAUCGUCGCUCUGAUUCAGGUCAUCUUCACUGGGAUCGCGGCGGUGAUCAUGGACCGGGCCGGCAGGAAGGUUCUGCUCGUCAUCUCAGGCGUGGCCAUGAUGAUCAGCACCACGGCGUUUGGCGUCUACUUCUACUUGACGCCCAAAGUUCCCAGCGGAGCGGCGGCGCCCCACGCUGACCUCACCUGGCUGGCUCUGGCCAGCAUGGCCGUCUUCAUCGCAGGCUUCGCCAUCGGCUGGGGUCCCAUCCCGUGGCUGAUCAUGUCGGAGGUCAUUCCCAUCAGAGUGAGAGGGUUUGCUGGAGCGGCGGUGGUUCUCAGUAACUGGGGCAUGGCCUUCGUCGUCACCAAAACCUUCCAGGACAUGAUGAACCUCAUAACCAGCGCCGGGACGUUCUGGCUCUUCGCCUGCAUGUGCGGCCUCAACAUCAUCUUCACCAUCAUCUUCGUCCCGGAAACCAAAGGCAAGACGCUGGAGCAGAUCGAAGCCCUUUUCAAAGGGACAUCAGGUCCAUGAAAGCCUCAAUCAUCGGACCUCAGGGGCCUGAACAGACUGCUAAAGUGGGCAUUCAGAAAAUAUCCUCCAAGAACAUGAAGCUAACUCAAACAUUUUCUCUAUUUGCGUUUAUGACAGAAAACAGGUGAAUAUUUUUAAGUGAUUCUUGUCUGUUUUGUGAAAACUCAACUGUAUUUUAUUACUGUAUUAGUGAGGUGCAACCAAACUGCCAACGGAGAUGAUGAUGAUAAGUUGGACAUGUUGGCUCCUGAAAAAUAUCAUAAUCUGACAUCAACAGAGUCAGAAAGCUGUGAGGCGCCUGUUACUCUUCACUGCCCCCUGCAGGCCACAGAGGGAAGGAAGCAAAGCUUUAACGGCUUCUUUAAAGAUUUCAGCGAUGCGAUGCAAAAACUUCACUAAGGCAAAAAGAUGUCUGUGGAGUUUCUGUCUGUGUGUGUCCACACAGCGUUUUACAUAUUCUACCACUUAUAAAAAAGGGUUUAAUGUGAUAAUAUAUAAAAAAGAUGGUUUUUGCUGUUAAGUUGAUAAAAUCUUUAACUCUUCCAACAAAACGUGAACUAAAACUUUUUCCUUUCUGAGUUUUUAUGCUGCUUUUUGCUACAUUUCUGUUAUGAUUUUCAGUUUGCUGAUUUAAGCUCAGUGUUGGGAAAAUUCAUACAGGAAAAUGUAAAACCAUAAGCCAUGAUCAGGACAAAAAUGUAAAAAGUCUCCACUUAUUCAUUAGUUUACACUAGAAACACUAUUUAAAGUUUAAACGAGUCGGCGGGUGUUAGGUUGUACCCGACUGGUAUUUGGAUGUCAUACACAGUUUUUAAAUAUUCACAGUGAAUAUUUAGGAGUGUUUUUAUUUGAUUUUACCACAAAAUGUUCAUGCUAGUGUCAUGAUCGAGUUUGAGCCUUUUAAAUAUUCAGAAACUAUUUUAGUUAAGCUAUUUUCAUGGUUGUAGUUUUAUUUUAUGUAAAAUUUGUGCAUCAAAGUGCAUAAAUGCUCAAAAUUCACCAACAGUAUGUAUUUCCUUUCUGAAUUAUUCUUUCACAGCCGCAACUGAAGGGACGUUUUAACCAUAUUUAACAAAUAAAUCACAGUAAGCACAAUAACUUUCCAUUUUCUCUUCCACAAGGUUCUUCUGCAGUUAGAAAUGUCCUUAAUAAGACUUAAAACUUUUGCACAGUCACUGUCUGCUUGAGGUUUGAUUUCUAUCUGUCUGAUAAAAAAUGCUGAAUCGCCUUAGCAACCAGACUCAGCAUUUUCUGAUUCGCUGUGGUUUCUUUAUUCUUAUAUGAAUCCAUUAUCAAGUAAGUUGCAAAUUAGCAGAAGGAAGUUUGUGUGUUUUGCUCUUCCUUUGAAAUAUCUGCUGAAUUUUAAAAGUUUUAAAUUUGGAAUCAGCUCUGUUGAUCCUUAAAGUAAAGCGGAACGGGACUUCCUAAAAACACUUCCUGUUUUUGCUUGGCUUGAUGCCGUUUCAGUGUAAAAAAAUAACAUCUUGUUGCUGUAAGUUUUGCCGAGGAAAGAAUACGAUGUUAUAAAGAUGGUGGGAAGUGAAUGCAUCAUGAGCUGAUGGAGUUCCUGUUUACACUAACUGCAUUUUUAUUCAAAAAGCUGACAUCUGUUAACUGUAACAACUACAUGUGUCUGUUUGUACCGGUGUUUUAUUCUUAUGGUUUUAUAAAUUUAAUGUUUUAAAGAUGGAUGCCUUGUGCUGAUUUGACCUGGGAACAAUUUUCCUUUGUUUCUUCACAGUUUGUAAUUUUUAUGUCCUAUUUUUUGCUGAUUCAUCUUCUUCUUUGGUACAAAAAAAUAGUCUGUUUUGUAAAGUCAUGAUGUUCAAAAUUACUCGUUUCAUAUCUCCACAAUGACAAAAAAAUAAAAUUUGUGAUUCUUUU